AUGGCUUUCCCAAGCAAGGCCUACAGAGUGCUUUACUCCGUAUCGCAAUGGGAGAUUGAACAUGAUGCCUUGGCUUCACCGGAGGCAGAGUCAAAUGGCGUCUCCACGGUUGGCAGAAGUUCAUCACUACAACCCUACAUUUGGCAACAUUACUACUUCGUUUCAUUUAAUACUACAUGCAAGACAUACGUUAAAAGUAAAUGGAGCUCCCUGGCUAUGAUAUCCUCGCCUCCAGGCUUCCUUCAAUUCUCUCGCAUAGAGAAUAUACUAGCAGUGCCUAUCAUCCAGUUCACUACAAGUCGCUUCAAUUACUCGAUGGAGAGUUCUGGCGCGAAGUGA